UUCUGCGUUUGGUAAUAAUAUUUAUACAUGUGUAUGUAUCGAUCUGUAGGUCCCGGAAAUAUCUUUUGUGAAUGUGAAUGUUUGUCCUGAAUAUUGUAAAUACAGAAUUUAUACUAAUAGGCUGUACACUGAUCCAAUUUUGGCACAUUGAUGUAUUAACUCAACAAAAUCAUAAUAUUGUAGAGAUUGAUGCGAUCGAUCAAUAAAUAAAUCCAGUACAUGAGUAUUUUUACCCGGGAAAACAUAUCCUGAUAACGGCAUGUCCUCGACAGCUCUCGGGAGUCACCCCAGUCACUCCAGAAAUGUCAACUGAAGGAUUUUAGGAAAAUAUAAAAAGUAAAGAUUUACGUUAAUAUUCGUAAAAAUACUCGUCUCCUCUCAUUGCCGUUCAAGUAUAAAUAUUCACUGAUAAUGCGAAAAAAAACUAACAAAGAAUUACAUAAUUACGUAUUUCAUUUGUUUUUUAUCGCUUUUGAUAUCUUAGUGUUUUUAUAACAGCCUUUAAUGAGACACCAUUUUCUUAUCUCAUGAUAUGUUCGUAAUACAUUGUUCUGGCGCUUCCUUCGACAUUUACUGCUACAACUUUCCAUUUCAUUACAUUCAACUCACGAACCUCACUUUUGAAAUCUGUUUUGGCUACAUCCUCGAAAUAUAAACAAAGUCAAAUCAAACAGUACAUUAUGUUCUGAGAAGAUGGCGAGGAACAGGCAUGGUGAUUGCAUCACGCAUCUAUAUAUAUUUUCAGAGGCAAUUUACCUGCUACAUACCUGAUUACAGUGAUAAGUAAGCGCGGGCGCCGGUUCGCAUCCACAACCAUAAUGUAUACGCCAGUUAGUGUCACUGUGAGCGCCGCCGCGCACGGACGCCCCACGCCGCGCCUUCUUAUAACGCCACGUGUUUUUGUGAGUAAAUAAUCAGUGGUAACCAAUCACAAACAAUUGGUAUGGACUGUGUUUGUGAACAAGUGUCCCCAAACUAGUGACACGAUUGGAUUGCACCCUUUAAGGAUUUACACACACGCAACACAACAGUAUCGAAUAUCAGUGAGCGUGAUUCUAACAGUAUUCAUGGACAAAUUGUGAUUUAUAUAAAUGUGUUUUAAAAAGAAAAGGUGGACGUUAUAAGUGAUGUCAGUGAGGUGACGUAAGGACCAGCCGGUGGGCUGUGGUGUGUCAAACUGCCAAAACAUUCCCCUACUAAAAAUAUUGUCCAAGGGCCCCGUCGACAACUCCAAGGAUCUCUGCAAAAUGACCAAGGGCCCUCGGAAAGUGAAGCUAGUCAUUGUAGUCAACAAUAAGAAAGACCCGCCUACAUUUAAGACCCUCACGCCGACGUCUCGCACCCAGCUGAAGCAGCAGUUGAUGCGAGAACAUGCACAGGAACAGCUGCGCAGAGAGUCAUUACAAGCACAACAAGCAGGCCAGUCCAAAGACAAUGAGGAGAAGAAGAAGUCAAGUCCGGCGGAGGUGCCGCGGAUCACGCCUCACGUUGACUUACCGCCACAAGUAUUACAGGUGCGAACAGUUCUGGAGAACCCCACCAGGUAUCACGUGAUACAGAAACAGAAGAGUCAAGUGCGCCAGUACCUCAGUGAAUCAUUUCAACCACAAACGCAGGUGUCACCACGAUGUGCGCCCACGCAGUCGGCGCCGGAGAUCAGCUCGCGCCGCGCCUCCUCCCCGGAGCGGCCGUCGUCGAGUCUGCGGUCGCCCGCCAUGCCCUCCGCUAGUAAUAACUCAGAGGCUGACGAGUUCCUAGAAGACAUCCUAUCCUUGGACAGUGGCGCCGGUCCGCUGUCAUCAUCAGGGCCGCCGUCGGGCGCCAGCUCGGUGGCCGGCGACUGCGCGCUGCUGUCCGACGCGGACAUGCACGCGCUCGCUAAGGACAGGCAGAAGAAAGAUAAUCAUAAUAUGAUUGAAAGACGUCGCCGUUUCAAUAUAAACGAUCGCAUAAAGGAGCUUGGGACCUUACUCCCGAAGACCAACGAUCCUUUCUACGAGGUGAUAAGAGACGUGAGACCGAACAAGGGGACCAUUCUGAAGAGCAGCGUCGAUUACAUCAAGUGCCUGAGGGACGAGGUCAACAGGCUGAAGCAGAGCGAGCAGAGACGGAAACAGAUUGAGAUACAUAAUAGGAAGCUGAUGUUAAGGAUACAGGAGCUGGAGCGGCUGGCGCGCGUGCACGGGCUGCCGCUGUCGGGCGGCGCCUCCCCGCACAACGAGGACUCCGGCGUGGACUGCGCCGAGCCCGCGGACUCCGCGCCCGCGCCCCCGCCGCCCGCGCCCCCGCGCCCCGCGCCCGCCACGCCGGAGCUGGUGCUCCCGAAGACGGAGCCGGCGUCGCUGAUGGAGUUCGGCGAGGCGCCGCCCGACCUGCUGCGCGACAUGCCGGCCGCCGCCUGCCUGGCCGCGCUCGACGCGCUCGGUACGCGCGAUGGUUUGAAACUAGGCUCGUGUUCGCCGCUCAGCAGGGACGAAGGGUUAUCACUAGGCUGCCUUGAACCCGAUCUUUGUCUAGAACCAGUGUCAGAUCACCUCUUCAACCAUAAAGACAUUAAGAUGCGGUUGUCCCCGUCCCCCGGGCUGCUGGGCAGUGAGGACAGCGACGCCGUGCUCAACCUGGCGCAGAUCGAGGACCUCAUGGAUGAUGACUCGCAUAACCCGGUCACGCAAGGCGACCCCAUGCUGUGCUCGUCCCCCACGUCGCAGCUGUGCCUCAGUAACGUGGUGGCGGAGGCCAACGACAGGACCAUCUCCUCCAUGCUGCACGACGACUCAGCCUCAUACCAUACGACAGGCGGCGGCGGGCUGCUGUCGGAGUCCUCGCUGGGGCUGGGCGCGGGGCUGGGCGCGGGGCUGGGCGCGGGGCUGGGGCUGGGCGAGGCGUGCCUGCCCGCGCUGCUGCUGGGCGCGCACCACGCGCCGCACUCGCCGCACUCGCACCCGCGCCAGCACUGCUUCGACAUGGACCUGGGCGCCUGAACCAGUCUGUCUGCUCAACACGAGGACAACGGUAACUUCAUUGCAUUGUGGAUUAUAACCGGACUACAAUUAUAUGAAAACCGGGAUUUUAUAACUUAGAGGAACAUACUAACAGCGCCAUCUAUGAUAAAAUACCAGAAGCUCGCCAGUUUGGUUAGUGCAAAAGUGCCUUAAAUGUAACAAUAACUGACUUAAGAUCAAACAAUAUAGAUGUUAUUUUACAUGUUUUAAAGUUUACAAUAAGAAAAUAGCGAGUUACAGCAAACAGUUGUUUAAAAACUCCGACGUUUUAUCAUAGAUGGCGCUGUUCUUAAAACCUUCUACAUAAGAAAACCAAUAGAAUUUAUGGCUAAAAGUAACGGUAGCUAACAUCUUUGAACAUAAGAGAUCUCGACAAUAUCUAAUUUAUAAAUAUAACAAAAACUAACAGCUAAGAAUUGCAAAGGAAUUGAAUACGCACAUAACAUGUCUGAGUUCCGUACCUUUCAACCGUUGUUCCUAUUUGCAUAUCCAUUUAGUUUUAAGAUUCAUACUUGAAAGGUAAUUAAUUGAUGUAUUGUUGUUGCAUACAAAAUGUUAUGGGCAUGUCCGAAGAGAUUAAACCUUUUGCUAUAUAACCUAGUUUUGUACCUCCCAUUUUCUCUUUUGGUUUAAAUCGAACUUGGAGCCUACAUAAAAAAUAUAUAGUGAAACUUCUACCUGCACAUUGUGUAAUCGGUAAAAAUGGUUGGAAAUCCUUUUAAAAGUUUAAAUGUAUGUUCAGUACCUUAAGUUGUACGUUUAAAUUUAACCGAACUACUGUUGACUCGAAUCAUUUUAAUUUACCAACUAUGGUUAUUCUUCCUACUGUAGACAAUCACAACAUAUCAAAAGAUCCAUAACAUUGUGUAUAGAGCAAAUUUAAAAGCCAUAUUCUAGGUACGGAAGUCAAUUUUAUAUAAAGAAGUGUUCGAUACCGGAUUUAAAACAAAACGAUUUUAUUAUGUAAUUAAAUUAAAGCAAUAUAUCUUGCAAUGAUAUUAAUAUAUAUAUAUACAAUACAACAAACAAGUUGACACUGACCACCACCUCGUUGUAUGAGCGUGACAGCGCUAUAUAGAGUGUAGAGCGGCAUCUCUUUUUCCACCCCUGUUAUUAUAUAAGUUUAAGACGAGACAGCUGGUCUGCUUUAUUAUAAAUUAAUAAUAUACUGAACUGGCUUUCGCUACCACUCUGAUAUUAUGUGAAUAUCGACAUAAUAUUAUAACAAUUUCACAAAAAUAAAGAUGGCGACUCGACUCAAGAGAUUAGUAAGAUUAAAAAAAUAAUAUUUAGUUAAAGUUAACUGUCCAACUAAUAUUUGACAAUAAACGGUGGCCAUUUACAGGAUAAUUACGUCACUGAAAUGAUGACGUAGGAUAGCUAUCGUUUUGUUAAGCAGACCCUUGAAGUGUCAUGAUAUCGGUCAGUGUUUUCUUCUGUGUCUAACAAUCAAACUACCUACCUUUCAAAGGUUAACACAAGCUACGUACAGAUGUACGUAUGAAUUAACAUAUUUCCCAGUUUUAACCAAAGAGUUAUUAUGUAACGUUUGGUUAGCAAACUUUUUUAUUCUGCUAGACUUAGUAUAUUAGUAUUUAAAUUAUACUUUCUAAGCGUCUCAGCGCGAAGUACUUGCAUAUCUAGAUCAAGUACAUAUAAUACUAGAUAGUAUCAUACCUAGUAUAUACUAACUAGUACUAAGUACAAUAAUAGGUGCCUUGUAAAACUUUUACAAUUCUAUAUUUUAAAUAUUUAUCAUAAAAAAUAAUACUACCAACAGCCUAGAGUGGGGAUGAUGUUAAUUACUCAUAUACUAAUGUCUAGCAGAGCCAUGUAUCUUACUGAUACAUACCCAUAUUUAACGGUUACAUAACCGAUGUGAUUGAGUAGUUACCUUUGUAAAUAUAUAUAUACUACGUAAGUAGGCCAUCGUCUACGCAGACUUGCAAUAUGAGGUCCAGAGACCUUAAAUAAAUUAGUAAAUUGUAUAUAAACAUGUAAAGAAUAUGUAUUCUUAUUGUUUAGCAGCUAUUUAUAUAAUACCCCAGAUAUUUUUGUAAUAAUUGUUGACGAAAUUAACUAUUAAUUGAAGUUUUGAUGUGGCCUGCAUUCUUAAUAUGAAAAGCUGAAGUAUAAUUGUAAUGUUUGUAAAAGCGAGACAAUCCUUUACAAUUUAUGUCCUGUCUCGUUUUUGCAAUUAACAAUCUUGCUUCAAGACCUUAUGGUAUAGAUACGGUUUUCUAAAAAAGGCUUUUAGAAUUGUUGGAAGAAGGGGAAGAGCUAUAAACUUUUAUAGCACUAUCUCUUUCUCACAUAAC